AUGCCUUUAUCUCGUGAAGAUUCCGUUUACCUUGCCAAAUUAGCUGAACAAGCUGAACGUUAUGAAGAAAUGGUUGAAAAUAUGAAAGCCGUUGCUUCUUCUGGUCAAGAAUUAUCUGUUGAAGAAAGAAACUUAUUAUCCGUUGCUUAUAAAAACGUUAUUGGUGCUCGUCGUGCUUCUUGGAGAAUCGUUUCUUCAAUUGAACAGAAAGAAGAAUCAAAAGGUAAUGAACUCCAAGUUAACUUGAUCAGGGAUUAUCGCUCCAAAAUUGAAACUGAAUUAACUAAAAUUUGUGACGAUAUCUUAUCUGUUUUAUCAAAACAUUUAAUUCCUUCUGCUCAAACAGGUGAAAGCAAAGUAUUCUACUAUAAGAUGAAAGGUGACUACCAUCGUUACUUGGCUGAAUUUGCUGUCAACGACAAACGUAAAGAAGCUGCUGAUUUAUCUCUAGAAGCUUACAAAUCUGCUUCCGAUGUUGCUGUAACUGAAUUACCUCCCACUCAUCCCAUUAGAUUAGGAUUGGCUCUUAAUUUCUCUGUCUUUUACUACGAAAUUCUUAAUGCUCCUGACAGAGCUUGUCACUUAGCUAAACAAGCCUUUGAUGAUGCUAUCGCUGAAUUGGAUACUUUAUCUGAAGAAUCUUACAAAGACUCAACUCUUAUUAUGCAAUUGUUGCGUGAUAACUUGACUUUAUGGACUUCUGAUAUUAAUAUUAAUAAUAAUAAUAAAAAUAAUAAUUUAAAUAACAAUAAUAAUAAUAAUUCCAAGAAUAAUUGCAAUAAUAAUUCCAAGAAUAAUUCCAAGAAUACAAAAUAUAAAUUUUUCAAUUUUCAUAAUAAUUUAAUUGGAAAUUUAUUCAAAAAAGAAAUUCAAUUCAAAAUCAAUGACUAA